AUAUAAGGUGAUAUCAUUUUCGGAUACCAACACUGUUCAUUCCUGACGCAAUUAAUGACGAUACAGUCAUCUUCAUCAGUUGUCCAUGAAACAAUAAUUCGGAAAUUUUCCACCAAAGAUUCAAGAUGUAUUCUCAGCAGCUAUUCUCGUUUGCCCUCCUCGCUAUAGUAGCAUGUGCGAUGUCUGCAUUCACAAGAGAUGCUUGUGAAUUGAAGGCCAAGAAAGGACCUUGUACUGACUACACACAACGGUGGGCUUUCAGCAGUGCGAAAGGAAAAUGUGUUCCGUUUUCUUACGGAGGAUGCCGAGGAAAUCCGAACAACUUCGAAUCUAAAGCCGAAUGCCGAAAAUACUGUGAAGAGGCUGGUCGUGGAUGCUAUGAACCGGAUGAAGGUCGAUGGUACAAAGACGGUGAACAGAAGGAAUCGGAUCAGCCCUGCGGAGGAUGUGCCUGUAUCAAAGGUUACUGGGCUUGUUCGAGCUGCAACAGGAAUCUCCUUGAGUGUCCUGCCAUUCGCUGUAUGAAUGAUUGUCCCCACGGUUACCAAGCUGAUGAGUUUGGAUGUGCUACAUGUAAAUGCAAGAGAAAGCCAGAGUUCGAGUUUUACUGUACUCGCUACUGCAAACUGUGCACCGAGCAUGACUGGCUGGAUUGUCCUGAAGAUUGCUACUGCGAUCAAGCUACGAUGUAAAUAUUGCGACUGCGAUCAAGCUACGAUGUGAAAAUUGCCAUUGCAAUCAUUCUACGAUAUUGAGAUAUUACAUCAUUUACAUCUAAGCACAAUAUGACAAAUAAUAACGGCUGAAAACUACAGUUUUAAAUCACAAUAGGCCAUCAGGAUUUGAUUUCCAUAAUUGUUGAUAUCAAAAAUAAUAAUCUGUCGGUAUAUUAAAAAAAUAUCUUGAAGACAUUUGAAGACAGUUAAAAUGAAUACAAGGUUAAAUUUCAGUAAUAUUAUCAUAAAGUUCUUAAAUCAUUUAAAAACUCAGGAAAGCUUUCAUAUUACAAGACACAUAACCAAUUUUGUUAAGCAACUGUUAUAGGUGCUACACCACGUAGAAACUCCUGAUUAUAAAUCAUUGCCAGCUUCAUUAUAUCAAGAAUUAUUAUUGAUUCUUAUCGAAAUAUUUAUUUUAUAUUUGUAGGCCUACCCAUAUGUUAAAAAAAUAUUUUGCAUUUUUAGUAGUCUUUAAGACACUUAAUCAAAUUGAAUAUUUUUGUCGUUUUAUUGUAACCAUUUAUUUAAGGUUAUAAGCAUCUCUUUUAUUUGGAGGUACAACCGUUUUUAAUUAAAAAAGAUAUCGCCUAAUUAAUAUCUCCAUAUAUAUAAUUAGAUUUUAAAAUUGUUUCAGUCGAGGCCAUCUGUAUAUCAAUUUAAUUGAUAAAAUAAUGUUUUCGAUUGAUCAAUAAAUAAAUGAUUAAAGUAGAUCAGAAGAGUAGCAUCUCUAUACAAUGUUGUCGCAGAGUUACAGGUCCAAAUCGUUUUUUUUUUUAUUAUUGUCAUUUUCAUGGUGUUGUUAUUUUAUUUCUUGUUGGAAGUUCACAUGGUAGGAUAAAAUAAGGGAGAAUAGUCAUCGAUAAACCUUCAUUUAUUGGUCAUUCUAUUAAAAUUUUGAAGGAAAAUUGGUUCAUAAAAAGUUCUUUAUAUACAACUGGACAUGUACAUUCUGUUUCUGUUUAUGGUAACUCCCGUAGGAACUGGGCAGGACAGCAUUUUGCUGAUAAACGCCAAAGCUGGUAUAAUAACCACUUACCUAGGAAUUUUACGUCCAGGUUAAUCAGUCAUAGUGGCUGACCUAAUAGACAACAGAAUUACUCUCGUGCCUUUUUAUCAAAAUGGAAAAUGGUAUAUGUGAGCACAAUGUCAUCGCACACUGAUAAUAAAAUAAUGUGAAGAAAU